AUGUCCCUUGACGUCCAACGCAUAGUGGACACGCAGCUCGCGAGCUCCGAGCCCGAUCCCUCCCCCGAGCUCUUGCAAGCCAUCAACAGCGGCACGUCGACGCUCCUCGACGUCGUGCGCGCCCUCGGCUCCUUCCUCGUCUCCGAGACCGAAAGUGUGCGCGUCCGCGGACUCGAGUAUCUCUCCAACGUGGUUGCCGCUGUCGACCGGAAACAGAUCAACCGUCCCGCCGCGACGACACUGCGGUCCUUCUUCCUGAGCAAGCUCGAUGACGGCCUCGAACAUGCCCUCAAGGCGCUGGGUGUCCUCGCGCGCCUGAGCAGUUUCGGAGAUGAGGAGGCCGAGGAAGUGUAUCGCGCUAUCGUCGAGAACGUCAAUAUGCGUGCUUAUCCCCAGGGAGUUAGGCAUCAAGUUUACCUCCUCUUUGAUGUUUUGUUGGCUGGGCAUCGGAAUGCCUUCAAGAGCAUGGGACCCGAGUUCAUCUCUAGCUACUGCAAGAUGGUCGAUGGCGAGAAGGACCCGCGCAACCUCAUGCUCCUGUUCCAACUCGACACUGUCAUCCUCCGCGAGUUCAACGUCGCCCCACAGAUCGAGGAACUCUUCGACGUCACCUUCUGCUACUUUCCCAUCACAUUCCGGCCGCCGCCCAACGACCCCUACCGCAUUUCGGCGGACGACCUCAAGGUCGCACUGCGAGGAGUUCUGUCUGCCACGCCAGCGUUUGCACCCGUCGCCCUCCCACUCUUCCUCGACAAGUUCCAGACUUCGUCUGGGCAGACCAUGAGGGACCUGCUGCAGACCAUCGCCGCGUGCUUCCCCGUGUACGGGGCACAGGCGGUCGGCGAGCGCGGCAACGAGUUCUGGGACCUGAUCAAGACAGAGAUCCUCUACUCGUCGGACAAGUCUGCCGAGAUCGCCGCGCUUGGCGCGCUCGAGUCGCUUAUGCGCACUCUCUACCCCACAGCUGCUGACAAGCCUGUCGGCCUCGGCCAGACCAUCGCCACGCAGUGCGUCGAGGGCUUGCAGGACCCCGGCAAGAACUCCUUUCCCGGCUGGGCAAAGUGCAUCGCUGCCAUGCUCCGCGGCUCUCCCUCUGCCGGCGCGUUCGCCAUCGCACAAACCUUCCCUUCACUGUUCAAGCUCUUUGAUCAGCCAAAGGUCGCCGGCCACCGCGCUCCCAUCCUCCACGCCAUCACGUCCGUACUCCUCGCUGCACGGUCUGUUUACGCUAUCGACGGAGCCACCCGUAGCGAGGCAGACGAGCGCAGCCUGGAGCCGUACCGCGAGGCGCUGCUGGACGUCCUUCGUGAGGGCCUACGGACCAUCGAUCUCAAGAUUCCGGCGAUCAAAGGCAGUGUUGCACUCGCUGAGAUCCCGGGUUUCUGGACUCGCUUGGAGGUAGAGGAGGUUGUCCGCGGUAUGGACGAGCUGCUCAUCCACGACAAGGACGAUGAGGUUAGAUCUGCCGUUCUCAGCGGAUUGCGGACCAUCGUUGGCGUCCAACCUGAAGUCGUCCAAUCGCUCACCCUCCCGAUCCUGUUCCACGCGCUGCCAGAUGAGGCGCCAGCUGCCGACGACGCGGACACUCGCGAGACGUACCGCAGUGUGCUGCGCUCUUUAACUGAGCUCUGCACGAUGCCCGCGCUCUUCGAGACCCUCACUGUGCGCAUCACGACCAAGUUGGAUCUGCUGUCGUCCUCUGACCUCUCUGGGCCGUCCGCCUCUGGACCAAGCCGGCGCGAGGUUGUUGUCGCCUACGCUUGGGACCUUCUCCACACCCUCGAGAAUGUGAUCAACAGGAAGAUUGAAGACCAGCACGUCGAUGUUGCGCGCCACUACAGCCAGGUUGUGCCGCGUCUGUGCUCACUCGCUAUCAAGGCUGCUUACGACGACGGAUCCCCCGAGGCUUUGUUCCGCGACAGGAGGCUCUUGGCUGUCGUCGGGUCGAUUACCGAGACGCUGUUCUGGGAGCUGAGUCCCGAGAAGCAGAGCACAGCCUUCCAGGCCGCUUACUCUGCGUUCGAGGGCGGUGACCUCGGCGCAGUCAUGCAGAACCCGAAGGAGGCUCCAACCUCCACUGGAUCCAUAGUGGCCGGCGGUGCCGACGCCCCUGGGCCGGAGAAGCAGGACCUCAUUGCCAUUUAUUCGGCAAUUGUGCGCGGUCUCAAGUCAGAGACGCCCGUAGCGUGGCCUGAGCCGACGUCCGUAACCCACUUUUGGUCGCAGAAGCUCGCGUGGAUCUACACCACGGCACACGACGAGUGGCAGCGUGGCAUGAUGGCCAGCCUCGUUGCUGCGUUCGUCAACAAGCGUCGCCCCGAGGUAGACACUCUGUGGCUCACGCAGGAGUUGGCGAACAACUGGCGCGAUGAGGUGCAGGGUAACAAGCACAGCAAGCGUGCAGCUGCGAUCUUGGCCUACUUCACGGUCAUCAAGGCGCUCGCUCUCUUGCGUGAUGAGCUUGCAUACACCGCGAUGGAGGCGCCGCUGGCUGCGCUCGCGUAUACUGACGAAUCGGAAGUUGUCAACCUCGUCGCACCUGCGUUUGGCAUUCUCGCUGAGGGCAAGAAGGGUCGUGGGGCUCACUUGACGGCUAAGCUGCUGUGGGCCCAACGGCUGUGGAACUUCUUGCUUCCUACGCUUGUUGCGGGUGAGAAUGGUGCCGACGCCGAAACGCGGCGCCCUUACCUCGAGGCGUUCGCGUCCCUCCUCCCUCUUGUGCCCUCGUCACUGCUACUUACCGACCUCCCAACAAUUCUCCCCUUGCUUCUGCGUGCGCUCUCGUUGCCCAGCCCAGUCCAGCGCGCGAAUGUCAUCACGACUGUUGGUUCGAUUCUUGAGACGGCCAACUCGUCCACUGCCACUGACCAGCUCCUGCAUAGCCAAGCUGAGUCUAUUCUCGAUGGAGUGCUGUACUCUAUUGCCCGGCGAAGUGGCGAGGAAUCCUCAGGAAAACUUCGCACCGCUGCGCUGACAACAUUGGGUGUGUUCCCGGACUGUAUAAGGUACGAGACGCUGCAUGGUGUCAAGUCGCGGGUCAUCAAGGACUUGGCCGUCGCAUUGGACGACCCAUUGCGCGCGGUGCGAAGGGAGGCCGUCGACACUCGGGACAAGUGGUACCAGUAUGGCAAGUAG